CAGGACAUCACUGCCUUUCUAUACGGCUUUGGUUAGAAUCUUUUGAGUUCUCGUAUUAGAUCUGCCCAUAAAAGGAGGGAACAAUGGCCGUGGCUCUAUUAGAUGACUGGUGUAAGGGGAUGGAUCUGGACCCCAAGAAGGCUGUGCUCAUUGUGGGCAUCCCCAUGCAGUGCACUGAGGCUGAGAUAAAGGAUGCUCUGAAAGAAGGUUUACCUCCCUUGUGUGCACACAAGGUGAUAGGCAGGAUGUUCAGGAGGGAAGAUGAAGCUAAGGCAGUCUUAAUAGAACUGACUGAAGUUGUUGAUUAUACUAUGAUGCCUACUCAUAUACCAGCAGAGGGUGGGGCCUGGGAAGUGGUUGUCAAACCCCGGAGCCCAGAUGAUGAGUUUAUCAGUAAGUUGAUCUACUUUCUGAGAGAUGAAGGGCGGAGAAUGGUAGAUGUGGCCAAAGCCCUGGGGUUUAGCACUGUCCCUACAGAGAGAAUGGAGCUAAGGAAUUUAGACAAACCAAAAGACUUGAAGUCUCUGUGCAGUAAUAGCACAUGUUACCAAAAACUGAAAGUGUUUUCUGGCAGUCCCUUUCCAGGCCCAGGAGAAGAAAGCUUUGAAACCUGGUUAGAGGAGGUCACUGAGCUGAUGCGGUUAUGGCAGGUGUCUGAGAGGGAGAAGAAGCAGCGCCUUCUAGAGAGCCUGCGUGGCUCUGCCCUGUCGAUCAUGCAGGCACUGUGGGCUGGCAAUGACUCCCUAACUGUAGAGCAGUGCUUAAAAGCCCUAAAGCACAUCUUUGGGAGUAAAGAGGACUAUGAGGUCUUACAGUUCAGGUUCCUUCAGUCUUCUCAGAAACCUGCAGAGAAGAUAUCUGAUUACUUGCUACGUUUAGAGCCCCUGCUGCAAAAGGCACUGGAGCAGAGCCCAUUGUCAACACAGAGUGCAGAUUCAAUUCGUCUCAAGCAUAUCUUAUCUCGGGUCUCCAUGAGCACUGGCCUUCGAGGAAAGCUAUCCCUCUUAGAUCAGCAAGGGUGCCCACCUACUUUUCUGGAAUUAAUGCAACUCACUCGAGAUGAGGAAGAGUGGGAAACCACUGUGGUAGUGAAGGAGCAGAAUCAGGCAGAAAAGGAAAAUAGGACAUGUGAGGCAGCAGAUCAAGUUGUCACCCAGGCAGAGUAUUUUAGGGAGAUCAGCACCCAGACCAUAGGAGAAGAGAUCACAUCAGUGAAACGGAGGCGACUGCUGUGGAGACACAGUGCUGGGGAAGAGGGACAUAUAAGGGAAUCAGGUUUCUGGGCUGAAAAUGAAUCCGAUGAGCAGAAACCCUGCGUUACAGCACAGGAAUCGGGAAACGAGAAAGGGGCUUGGGCUUUGAGCCACCCCAACCCCAAGGAAAUAUAGGCUCAGGACAUCCAGGAAUCACUUCCUCUGACAGGCAACAGAGAUACUUUGACAAAAUCAUGGAACAGCCUGGACAAAGCAGGAAACAUGAGUGUUACAGAAGGGCAACAGGGCCAGGGUAAGGCACCCAACUUCUUACUAGCUAGAAACGAUUCCAAUAAAGAAGAACAAGUUCCACACAGCUCAGUGACUACCAAAUGCCAGGUCCAUGGGGAGUGCCAGAGACAGAAAUGGGGAGCUAAUGUGAUAACCAGACGACAGGGUAAUCCAGACUCCAGUUGGGAUACUAGUGGGUCACAAGAUGGUGAGUCUGGGUGCUCUGAGCUAAGAAUGCCCACCGGCACUGAAGCAGCAGAGGGUGUGGAGGAGCCUGCCACAGGGUUGUCUUGGGCAGAGGACACCAGUGCCUGGGAGCAAGUGCAGCUAAGCAGGGAGGCAGUACCCAGAAGAGGAGGCCGCAGGAUCCAGCCUGUCUUCAGGAUUAUCUACACUGCUCUAGGGGAGCCCCACGAGGGCAGCACCCUGGAGUCCUUUCGUGAGUGA